UAAAUUCAGCAUAUAUACCAAGCUUUUAGCUUUGUGUGUUUCUAAAAUUAGUAGUUUUAAAACUAACAGAAUUGCAGUAAUCAGACUGAUCAGUAACCAGAAUCAGAUCUGUCAUUUCAGUCUGACCAAAAAAAAGAAUGCUGCCAACCUCCACAUUAGAAAGUUUACAUCAUCAGUAAUUCAGAUCUUUCAUUCCUCAACAUGAUGACCAAGCCCAAGUCACAUGAAUGCUUCAAGUUGAAGAUUGCAUAAGAAAUUGACUACUCCAAGAACAAGCAGGAAAGACUGUUGAAGAUCAAGAUAAACGUAGAAUGAGAACAUCAUCAGCAAAAAAACCUCGCAGCAACAACAAAAUCUACACGGCUAGAGGUCCUAAAGAUAGGAGGAUUCGGUUGUCUGCAGAUAUUGCUAUUCAGUUCUUUGAUGUCCAAGAUCGACUUGGCUAUGAUCGUGCUACCGAGGCAGUUGAUUGGCUUAUCAGUAAGGCAAAAGGGUCAAUUGAUAAACUCUUUGAUAGCUCUGUGCAACAACAGUCUAAGCACCUUACCCAUUUAGAAAGUAUGUCAGAUUCUGGUGUUCAGGUUGAUUUUCUACCAGAAAUUAUGUCAAGCCGAAAAGACUAUGGAACGCCGAAUUUCCACCACUCGUGUGACAACAACAAUAACAUAUCAGCGUACAAUUGUACUAUGGAGAAUUCUAUGUUCCUGCCUUGUAUUCAGAUGGAGAAUAUCUCAGAAAAUCAAGGCUUUGCUCAUCCAACUUUCUCAAGCUAUCUAGGCUUAGAGGAUAGCAGUAGGCCUUGUUUUCAGCAGAUAGAAGAAAUCAAGGGCCAGAACGCAAGAAUGGUCAUGUUCAACUCCAAAUCAAAUUCAAGAAAUGGGGAGCAUCCAUUUAUUUCAGAUUCUUUGCCAUUAUUUUUGCAAGCCUCAAAUAACGAUUCAUCUUUGUGUCACUCACCAACAAGUGACCCGGAACUCAAUCUUUGUCUUCCGGGCAACUGCACAUCAGCCAUUAGUGACUCUGGACAGGGGACCUUUUUCUAAUGAAUUUAUGCAGUUGUUAUUUUUAACCACAAUUCAUGGAUUUAGUUAGUUGGAAUAAGGUUUUUGGCAUUCAGGCAAUCAAAUUCAUGAAUACUUUUCUUUGUUU